AGGCAGGUGGUGGUAAUACACCUAACUGCUGGACCUCAAUGGCCAAAAAGGAGAAGAAGAAGAAGAAGAAGCAGCCACACCCUUUAUGCCACCUGGAAAGGUCCUCACCCCCAACAUGACCUCACAGACUGCUGUCUGCUGAACCUUUCUGAUGCUUGAGCCUUUCCCAAUGGAAGCCAGAGGAAAGUUUGAUUUUACUGCAAUAGCAGAUGAUGAGCUGAACUUCAGACAGGGCGACAUACUCAAGAUUAUACAUUAUGAUGACAUUUGGUGUACAGCAGAGAUAAACGGAGAGGAGGGACUUGUGCCACGUAAUUUCCUCGACAUCCGUUUUCCAAGAUGGUUUCAGGAGGACGCCACAAGUAGUGACGCAGAGGAGCUGCUGAGGACCAAACAUGUGGGAGAGUUUGUGAUCCGAAAGUGCCGGACCAGCCCUGGAAACUUCUGCAUUUCCAUCAAAUAUGAGCAUGGCAUGAUACACUACAGACUGUUGAGGGACAAGAAAGGCCACUACUUCCUUUGGCGGGAAAAGUUCACCUCCUUGAACAAAUUGGUGGACUUUUACAGAACCAACUCCAUCUCUAAAAGUAGGAUAAUCUACCUCAAUGUUGAUGGAUUCCCAGACAGAGGGGGCCCCUCCAAAGCUCGGCUGGCCAUGACUAUUUUGCGAGUGAAGGCAGUGUGCGACUUCAGCGCUAUACAUAAAGAUGAGCUCAAUUUGAACGUAGGUGACGUCAUUGAGGUGCUGGAUAUGUCUGAUGUCUUUUGGUGGAAAGGGAAGCUGAAAGGCUUUAUUGGGAUGUUUCCUGCAAGCUCCACAAAACCGCUGUGAGGAAACGCCGCCUGCACACAUUAAGACUCAGCCUGCAGGUGCACCUGCGUUCCAGUAUGAGUUUCUUAACCUUAAUGACCAGCAGGCCUUUAGGUUCUCUGCUGCACAUCAGCCUUCGACCAGAGGAGUGAGUCAGUGAAGCUUUUUAUCUACAAAGGAGCGGAAUGACGAUGGACGAAUCUCUGCUCAUGUUUUAACACAUUUUACUA